UUUGUUAGGUGGAGGAAUUGUUAUUGGUUUCACAUACAUACAUUAAUUGAAUCCUCAACCUCCGUGCAUGUGACUGGGAUGUAGCAACUGCACAAUAUUUAAGGGAACUGUGUUGAGCAAAUGUAGGAAAACUCCAUAAGCAAGAAAAUGGUUAUAGCAGCAGCAGCAGCAUGUAACAGAGUUGAUAAGUGUGUCCUCAUAAUCUCAGGCCUCGGUUUCAUCGUCACGCUCCACCUCCUUCUCUCCCUCUCCGCAUGGAUCUUCCGAACCUUCUUCCGAUCCGAGAAGAACCUAAUCCGAACCUACGGUUCCUGGGCUCUGGUCACCGGAGCCACCGACGGCAUCGGAAAGGCCUUCGCCUGCCAGCUGGCACAGCGAGGGCUCAACCUCAUCCUCGUCAGCAGAACCUCGCAGAAGCUGGAAGCUGUUGCGCGUGAAAUCCAGGCGAAGAGUCCGACCGCGCGCGUGAAGGUGGUGGCGAUGGACUUCGCGUGCGGGGAUCUGUCGGAGGGGCUGCGGCGCGUGGAGGAAGCGAGUGAGGGGUUGGAUGUUGGCGUGUUGGUGAACAACGUGGGAGUGACGUAUCCGAACGCGAUGUUUUUCGACGAAGUGGAGGAGAGCGUGUGGAGGAAGAUUGUUAGAGUGAACGUUGAAGGAACAACGAAAGUAACGAAAUGUGUUCUGCGUGGGAUGUUGGAAAGAAGAAAGGGAGCGAUCGUUAACAUCGGUUCCGGCGCUGCAGUGGUCCUUCCUUCUCAUCCUCUCUUCACGGUCUAUGCUGCCACCAAGGCUUACGUGGACCAAUUUUCGAGAUCUCUAUACGUGGAGUAUGGACAAUAUGGGAUACAUGUGCAAUGUCAGGUACCACUGUACGUGGCAACGAAGAUGGUAUCAAGGGUGGCUUGUAUUGAGAGAGAUUCACUGUUCAUACCAACGGCUGAGGCUUAUGCAAGAGCUGCAAUCGGUGAAAUUGGGUAUAAACCAAAGUGUAUACCUUAUUGGGCUCACUCGGUUCAGGGCUUCUUCGCACACUUCAUCCCUCAUCCUCUGCUUGAUGCUUGGCGAUUCUCCGUCGGUAUUCGCCGCCGGAAUAACCAAAAAACUGUCACGUCGGAUGUUAAAUCUACUUUCUCCGGCCACGUGAAGGCUAUAAAAUAAAUUUCAAAGUGAUAUUCCGGCACCAUAAUUGAACCUACGAAAAGCAAGUCUACACAUCUAUGUUUUCAACCAUAUGUGGUGGAUCAUAAAGAAUUCAAAACUAACCUUUAGUUUUGUAAUUAUGUUACUUUCAA